UGAAAAGGUAGAAUACCUUUUAGUUUUGGUGGACUUUUAAGUGACGAAAGAAAAUAGAACCAAGCGAAGAGUGUGUGACAAGCUCAGAGAAGCUAAAACUUUAUGCAGUUAAUCAACAGCUUAACACUUAGACUCUAAACAAGCUUCCUUUUACGUUCCGCCGACUCUUCGUCCUUCCCUUCAAUUGCCCAGAUAAUGUAAACUCAGCUUACACACAAAAAAAGCAGUAAAAUAUAAAAUACAAAAAUUAACAGCUGCGUUUAUCUAUAGAUAUAUGUAUCUACACACACUCACAUCUAUAUAUUUGAAUAAGCGUCGUUCGAUUUGAAUCAAAAUUAAAGCCCAAGCUAUCAGCUAUCCCCACAAGCUUUGUACUCCACAAAAACGCUAACGAGCAAAAUCGAUAAAGACCAGAAAGCAACUGAAAUACCAUCAUACCAUCUGCCAUAGAUCUAUGCUAUAUACAUAUAUAGGUGUUGAUCUGUGCUCUUGAAUUUAGUGUUUUUUGUGUGUGCGUGUCGCGAGCGGAGCACUAAAAAAAACCAAGAAAAACGUAUAGUAAAACAAUAAAACGCAAGAAAAAAAAACUCUCUCUAGUCGCUAGGCUAUAACUAUACAAAAUACUAUCCAGCUAUCCCAGAUCCAGAUCCAGAUCCGUAAACAGCAUAUAGUUAUAUAUCUAUAACCCCAAAAAACACGAUGGCCAACGUUGUCAAUAUGAACAGCCUGCUCAACGGCAAGGACUCGCGCUGGUUGCAAUUGGAGGUCUGUCGCGAGUUCCAGCGCAACAAAUGCUCGCGCCAGGACACCGAGUGCAAGUUCGCCCAUCCCCCGGCCAACGUGGAGGUCCAGAACGGCAAGGUCACCGCCUGCUACGACAGCAUCAAGGCCACGCAACUCCUAGACAUGGAUAACUUCAAGGGCCGCUGUAAUCGUGAUAAACCGCCGUGCAAAUACUUUCAUCCACCACAGCAUCUGAAGGAUCAGUUAUUGAUAAAUGGACGCAAUCAUUUGGCCCUCAAGAAUGCACUGAUGCAACAGAUGGGCAUUGCGCCCGGUCAGCCGGUCAUAUCGGGCCAAGUGCCAGCCGUGGCAACAAACCCCUAUCUGACCGGCAUUCCGGCCAACUCGUACAGUCCGUACUACACAACGGGACACCUGGUGCCCACCUUGCUGGGUCCGGAUCCCGUGACCUCCCAACUGGGACCCGUGGUGCCACAAACAGUGCAGGUGGCCCAGCAGAAAAUACCACGUUCCGACAGAUUAGAGGUGUGCCGCGAAUUCCUGCGCGGCGCCUGCAAACGGGCGGAAUCCGAGUGCCGGUUCGCCCAUCCGCAGGAGAGCGUCGCCAGGCACGACGACGGCUCGAUAACGGUUUGCAUGGACGCCGUGAAGGGCAGGUGCGCACGCGACCCCUGCCGCUACUUCCAUCCCCCCCUGCACCUACAGGCACAAUUAAAAGCGGCCCAAACACGCGCCACCGCUGUCGCUGCUGCAGCUGCGACCUCACCUCUUGCGGCACACCAUCACCAGCAACAACAACAAUUGCAACACCAGCUGAACAACAUCAACAACAACAACAACCACAGCACCGCUGGCGCAGCAGCCACCUCGACAACAGCAACAACAACCACAAACAACGCCGCUGCCGCCGCCGCCGCUGCUGCCGCCGCCGCUGCCGCCGCUGUCAUGGGCCAUCACACACUGGAAGUGGGCAAGAAGCGGGCGGCGGACACGACCGACAUGUUUCCACUGAUGGAUGUUAAAACGGUUGGUUCAUUUUACUAUGAAAACUUCCAAUUCUCUGGCAUGGUACCGUUCAAACGUCCAGCUGCCGAAAAGUCUGGCAUUCCAGUUUAUCAGCCCGGUGCGACCGCCUAUCAGCAGCUAAUGCAGCCCUACGUGCCAGUCUCAUCGAAUCCGAAAAUACCCCUGAACGCUUCCUGUGUCAUCUACACGGAUGCCAGUGGCCAGUUACUGGACACCCUCCCGGUGUGCCAAGAUUUUAAUAGAUCUAUGUGCAGUCGGUUAAAUUGUAGAUUCGUUCAUUUAACUGAAGAUGACAAGGUCGAGGUGAUUGAUCAACGUGUUGCUGUCUGCCGCGAUCACGCCAACAGCCAGUGCCGUCGCAAGCAGUGUAAAUACUACCACAUACCGAUUGUCCUGCCGCCGGCCAACAUCAUGGCGGCCAUGAUCACCAGUCCCAGUGAUCAGCAGGCAGCUGUCCCGGUGGCCACAACAACAGCCAAUCCGGCGGCAGCAGCAGCAGCAACAGCAGCAGCCGCCUUCAACGGCACCAGCAACUUGAUAAUCAUCGAGCCGCAGCAGCAACAGCAACAGCAGCAGCAGCCGCCGCAGCAGCAACAGCAGCAACAGUUCAGCUACCACAGCAACAGCAGCAAUAACAACUACUACCACAGCAAUGCCAGCAAGCAGGCAGCACACGCCAGCAACAUGUAUCAACAGCAGCAGCAACAGCAGCAUCAGCAUCAACAGCAGCAUCAGCAACAGCAUCAGCAUCAGCAGCAACAUCUGCAGCAGCAAACACACAUCACCUACCACUGCAGCUCGCCCUACUCCCCCUCGUCGGCCUCCUCAUCCUCCUCCUGCUCGAUAGCCACCUCGCCCACCCUCUCGUCGGCCACCACGCUGUCCACCACCUCGACGGCCACCAUGCCCACGCCCCAGCAACAGUAUCCGGGUCCGGCGGCCACGGCGACCUUUUUGAAGGCGCCCGCCUAUUACACCGAUGCCACGCCCACCCUGGUGCUAAGCAGCGACUACAACUCAAACUGCAUCCCCAUCCAGGCGACGCCGUUCAUCUCGCUGCAGGCUGCCCCGCAGCAGCAUCUGCUGAAGUACACCACCCAGGCACCGCCGCCGCAGGCGCAGCAGCACGCCUUUGUGGGUCACCACUAUCAGACGCAGAUGGGUCAGGUGGUGGCCACCACAGUGGCGGCCAUUCCAGCCACCACGAUAACAGUGGCGCCGGCCACAGUGGCGUCUCCAUCGGCAUGCAUCUAGAAGAAGGGGUUUCCCCAUCUGCCAGAGGGGGCAGCUCUGUUCAUUUUCCCAGAAACGUAUAUUAGGUCAUAGGCAUGUGUUUCUUCUGAAGUCCCAACGGAUUUGAAAACAUUAGUUAUGGCACUGCGUAUUGAGAAUUAUUCAAAACUAAAAAAGUUCAUUGAGCUUUUCUAAUUACCAUCGCAAUAAGGCAACUUAGUUAAUGUUUUCAAAUGCCAAGUUGCUCCAGAAACGCAUCGUAUAGGGUUUUUCUUUAUUACAAGUUUGUCACCUACCUUUAUCCAUUGAAUACUCGUUUUUGUCAACUCCAGUUCACCUAGAUACUUAUAUUGCAUACUCCUCAAAACCUAAGCAACACAAUACGUAUACCAAUCAUGAAUACUCCCCAAGCGAUGCUCUAAUCGAGACUCCAAGCUAAAAUUGGAAGAAAUCAAAAAGCAAAUGCAGAACUUGUCUGAGAAAAAGGUCUAAGCUAGUAAAUAAAACUUCAAACAAUCACAUUCUACGAAACACAAACAUAAGACACAAAGCAGUAAAUGGAAGUUUUUGAUGAAAAUUAAAGGUUGAUACGAACUAUUUACAAAAAUAAGAACCGCUGAGAACUUUUUCGUACGUAUAGCAAGACUUUAACGUGUAAGCAUCUCAUUUACACAUCAAGUGACAUGCAUUAUAAAGGGAAAACAUUGAGUGAAGACUCUACAAUAUUGCAAAACCAAAAAAGAAGCAAAAAAAUAAAAGAGAAAAGAAAAAUAAGAGUGUUGUUAAAUGCAAAAAGAAACUAAAGAAAAUUAGCAAUUAAAAAUUGAAAUUAAUAUUACAAGAGAAAGAACUUUGGAGGAGAGCGCAGUUGCAUUAAAAUUAGUUACAAACUAUUUUAAACUCUAGUGUUCCAUAUUUCAAUGCAAAUAAAAAAUACAAAUAAAGGUACAUAAAAGUGGAUAAAAGUGGAUAAACAUUUAGUGAGGAGUGUUAAUAUUAGCUAAGGUUAAGCCUGACAAACCGUUCUCCAUGGCAAAUAGUCAAAAUUAAUCAAAAACAGAAUCUACAUAGGCCAUAGAUAAGCAGCAAGAACAACUAAUAAUAAACACUUAACAAUAACAAUAAUAAUAAUAUUAACGAUAACGAUAACUAUAACGAAAACGAUGAGGAUGAAGAUGAUAAAGAUGAAAAAAGUACAGUCACGUCCUAUUUUUGCAACAACGAUUUACUACAAGCGAGAGGCAAACGAUACGGAGAUUUUAUUAAGCAGAAUGUGCAGAGGUCAGAUAAAGAAAACAAGAAAACAGAGUACAGAAACCAUAAUCCUUUUUUACAUUUUAUAAUAACGAUCAAGAUAAAUCAGCAGAACUACAGCAAGAGAAACCAUAUUUUUUAUAUACAAUGAAAGCAUCAAAAACACCACUGAUAAACAAAAUCGAUAUGAGGUAAACAACAAGAAAUUUAAUCAAAUUUAAUGGAAUAAGCAUUUUUUGCAACCACAAACAAAGAAGGAGACUUUUUUAAAGUGUAUUAAUAACAACUUAUUUAGCUGAAUUCUCUAGCAAAUGAACACACAAAAAACUCUAAACAAGAACAUUUAAUGAGGAAUACCACACCAGCUCACACAGAAAUCUAAAUCGAAAUUGUACCGUAUUAUCUUCCUAUGCAAACGAUUUGUAAGCACUAUACGAGUAUAUGUAUAUAGAAACAUACCCAACUAUAUGCGACAUUUAUGAAUCCAGACUUAUUUCCGAUUCUGUUGAACUGUUCGUUUACAGUUUGCCGUAUGCUGUUUUAAUGAAGUUUUGUGACUUGUUUUUUAUACACUCAAGAACGUAUUUGGAACACACAUAAUAAGAAUUACAAUAAUUGCAGAAUGGAAACUACUUAUUAUAUACAAAAGCAUACGUACAUAUAUACACUAUAUGUAUAUAUACUACAUAUAUUUAUGUCUGUACACGUAUGAAUAUAUACAUUAACACAAAUAUAUUGAUUAUAUAUAUACAUAUAUAUAUAUAUAUUUACUAAUGGCAACUAAACAUGAAAUGUGAUCUUUUAAAGAAACAAAAAGUAAAGAAAGAAAAAUAAUAAUUUAACGAUGGCAGGCAGAAUUGGAUAAAGGUAAAAAACAAAAAAAAAACUGAAUUAAAGUCAAGCGAACUAGCAGCAAUCGAAUACUAGAGCCAUGGCAAGCAGGAUAGUUAAACGUAAUUUUAAAUGGCAAGCGUACGAAUAUCUCCAUUCAGUAAGGAUAACACCAAUAAUACUCGACAUCUAGCUAAUAAUUGUUCAGCAAUAACAGAUUUAUCUACAUAUACAUUUAAGGGCUGGCUAUAAUAUACGGAAAUUUGUUUUUUCCAACGCAAUCACACUAUCACCUAUCACCUAUCACUAACUCACUACUGGACAUACACCUGAGUUCCUCCUUCUCUCUAAGACUCGGAUAGCGUGUCCAGCACUUAAACCUAACCACUCGUAGUACUCAACUUCGCUCUCUUCGAAGCCUCCUCCAAACUUACUCGAUCACACGGUAGUCGUGUGCCGUACUUUCCCGUACUCCAAAUAAGAAUGCCUAAUAAGUUUCCGUCCAUUAUAAUCAGACCUUAAAUCUAUGUGCAACGACAGCAGAAGCGGAAGUGGAAGUGGAACAGUUGUAAACGAAUAAAAGUAAAUUAACUAAAGUAAACAAGUGAAGUAAAUGAUUAAUUAUAAACACAAUACUCGUAGAUUCUCAAAUUAAAAAAACUCGUCGACAUUUUAACAGUUACUAACAUUUAUUAUAAUAACGACAAAUGAGUAAUACAAUAAGCUGCAAGAGGGGCAAACAAAAAAGAAAACCAUGAUGUUUUGUGUAAAAAUAAAUGUUCUUUAAUGAAAAAAAAUUUAAAAAAUCGGAAAAAAAACAAACACACACACACACAAAAACCAAUAAGCGGAAAUGAGAAAUCCUAGUUACUAAGCAAACUAACUACGAACAUAUAGACACUAUAGAAUCAUUGUACCAUAAGAGAUUUCAGCGGGAUUUUGUUCUACUUGACAUCUUCUCUAGUAUGUGUAGAUUGGCGUGUCAUUUGACAUGGCCGCGCAUGUAGAAUAGCACGAGUUUGUAAACUAGAAACGAAACUUUUAUUUGCCUUAACAUCAAACCAAUAUAUACACCAAUAUACAUUGAUUUCAACCUUCUCGAAUAGUUUCGAAUUAUUUCGGAAAAAUCAAAUUUCACUUGACGCAUGUACAUGGCGCUCUUAAAACAGAAAACAGAUACAGAUACUAUAUGAUAACAGAAAAUAUUUCUGAAACGAAGGGAAAACGGAUUAAUGUAGUUAUGUGUAGAGUCUCCUUCAUUGUAAGUCAUAGUUAUUAUUGUUAAUUUUAAUUUAUAUUUACACAUAUAUAUUAGAUCAUUAUGAUUAUUAAUUGUGAAUAUGAUGUGAUGUGUUUAUUGAAAGAAAAACAAAAACGAAACUAAAACAAAUACAAAAACAAAAAGGAAAAUACAAUUACUGAAUGUUGCAACGUAAAGAAAACUAAAUGUAUUGAGCCCUGAGCGAAAAUUGAAGAGUGAAGCGAAAUUACAAGAAACCUUAUCGAGAAUGUGAGGGAAAAUCAAUUUUACUCCACUUCGAAUGGUUAAAUAAGCGUAAUGUUAAAUUACACUAUGAUACAUGGCAUAUGUUUGUAUGUACUGUAAGUAGUUAUUCAUUUUUGUCAGGUGAUAUCAACGAAUUUUUCGAUAUGUUUUUCACACAGAGUUCACCCUCUGUCCCACCCCCUUCCCCCUGGACCUCUGGCCCCAAAUGUCUAUAUUGUUUGUAAUUGAGUUAUGUUUUCAAUAUAAUUUUCUUCGUGUUUUGUGGUUUUUUGUUUUGUGAUAUUCGCGGAGGAGUGGAAGUUGGCCGAAUAAUUGUUGUUCGUUGUUUAUAUUUUGUGUUCAUAUAUAUUUUUGUAGUUUGUUUUAUUUUUUAUAAAUAUACAUUGUAUUAAACAUAUAUUAAAUAUACAUUAAUGAACUAGUAUAUACAACUUAACUAUACACAUAUACAAAUAAAGAUGAAUUGAAAUAAUA